AUGGCGGGUGCUAAGAUUCAGAAUGUUUCAGAACCGACAUUCUAUUCGACUAUGUCAUUUGAGAAUUAUUUUGCGAAUUCGACGGAGAAUUUAUCUGAGACCACAAUUACUGAGCAGAAAACUCGCUCGGUAAACAUCCACGGGAUCCUGUGGCCUAUCCUUUUCACAGUCCUCAUCAUCGUUGCCAACUUUCUGAGUCUCGUAGCCUUCUGCAUCGAGAAACGACUUCGCACUUACAACAACUACUUUAUCAUCAACCUGACCAUUCUGGACUUCAUGACAGGGUUGUUACUCAUUCCUAAGGUGGUUCAUACAUACAUUGGGUACUACCCGUUCUCGCAAGAUAUCUGUAAGGUGAAUUCUGCUAUCCGUUGGGGCAUUGUCAACGCAUCCAACCUUGCCGUGGUCUUGAUCUGCGCUGAUCGACAUCGAGCUACUUACGAUCCUAUCAACCACUUCAUGUCACGAAGCAAACGAAUGGCCGUCAUCAAAAACCUCAUCCCAUGGAUUGUGUCAGUUGUCUUUUGGUUUCUCUAUAACACCAUACCCGAAUUCAUCAUCGAUUUCGACAACGGUCGUCACUGUGUUCCCUGGUACACUUUAAGACCAUUACCUGGUAUCAUCCCGUUCAUCGCUCUCUUCUUUUUACCAUUUACUAUCAUCACUGUACUCUAUUUUAGAAUCGUUGCUAAGAUCCAGGCUACUCUUGGCGGUAAGAAUGUCGAAAAACAGUUUGCUAUGAAAAAUGCUCACAAGGGAAAAAUCACGUCAGAGUUACCUCACGAUGACAUGACUAGGGCAGCCAGUACUGCAACCAUAAAUGUCGACCUAUCAUCCGAUAAUUUUGACCAGGGUCUAAUGAUGAAGAACGGCAAUGCUGCGAAUAAUGCAAAGAAAACAACAAUGAAGCGCGAAACUGCCACCGAAAUGCACAAGGCUACCAGAACACUCCUGCUCAUCGUUAUCGCUUUCUUUGUGUCGUGGCUACCACAGAGCAUCACCAAGCUCAUUUAUUCCAUCGAACCCGUGCUCGUUGUACCAGGACUACCACGAACAGCUAUACUGUUCAUUGGAUGGAUGCCGUUUCUUAACAGCCUCCUCAACCCAAUAUCCUACGUGUAG